GACAAUACUUCUAUCUCUAAGUGCAAGGACACUCUGUUAAACAUUUUAGAAGUUUUAGACGGUUUUACAAGAAGCAUGGAAUAUAACUUACAAUGGAUCGCCUGGGUGUCACUAAUUUCAUUCCACGCACUAACAGAGGUAAUUACUCUUAGCCCGGGCAGCUGCAAUUUCGAUGACGUCAUGAUAUGCGGUUAUACCAUUGAUGCCGCUGACAGCAGUUUUGAAUGGAAGGCAGUAAAACCUGGAGACAAUUUUCAAAGUACGCCUCCAAAGACCAUACAGAGUCCCUUCUUGUACCUCAACGCUCAAUUAGCCAGAGAAGGCCUCUCCACCACCCUCACUUCAGUGGUUAUCCCACAGUCUUACGGAAUCUGUUCUAUUAGCUUUCUGUACUACUUGUACACUUUUUACGAAGAUUACUUAUCACUAGAAGUAAGGGUACAAGGUCAGAGCGCCCUCUUAUGGAAACGGAAUAGUAGUCUAAUCAUAACCGAUUGGUUAGAUUCCGGAAAUAUCGACUUAGCAAAUAUUGCUAGAAAAGGAGAUUUCAAGGUCAUAUUUCGAGCAACCGUUUUGAAGAAGGCAUACGGCAAGGCAGCAGCGUCUUUGGAUGAUGUUGUAAUACAGGGUUGCCAAGAUUCGAAAAGUACAAGUCACGCCGCAACAAGAUCAACACAUCCUGUAACUUCAGCCGUUAACAUCAGCAUAACAUCAAUGUUAUAUAAAACAUCGCCUUCUACCAAACUUACCAGGACACCAAUAACAACGGCUAAACCGGCAACUCAUUCUUCGUCGUCAGGCUCUAAGAAAACGACCAACUACCCAACUACUACAUCAUACAGCCAGUCAACAUCCAGCAAUAUACCCACUUCGUCAACUACCAUGUCUACGUCUAGACUGUCAACUUCUAAUACUUCACCUACCUUAUCAAUCGCCUCUUCUACCCCUACUCCUUCAGCCAUUACAACCACAUCCACNAUUCUACCCCUACUCCCUCAGUCAUAACUGCCACCCCCAAUUCUACCCCUACUCCCUCAGUCAUAACUACCACCCCUACUUUUUCUAUUCAUGAAUCCACACCUACAACGCAACCUUCAACCAGACUCACCAACCGAAAUUUUUCUUCACUAAAUUCUUCAACUACCAAUGUAUCCACUCUAUCCAAUACUGAUGGACCUACAAAAAUAUCAAAAUCGACAUCUUCGUCAACAUCAGCUACGUUCAACUCUUCUGGCGUUACCCAGACGCUUUGGAUUAAGCUGACAACACGAAGAGGGACAUCUUUUGUGCAGGAUCGCAAGACUUCAACUGAUAGUCAAACAAUAAAUGAUCACUAUCGAUCACCCAAAACAUCUAGUUUACCGAAAGCACCAAUAACUUUGAGAGUGGCUGCAAGUACUGACCUGUCUGUACCACUGACAAGUAGUUUGCAGCCAGAGACCUUUCCUCCAACACAGAGUGAAGAGGAAAACGAAACUGAACUAAAGCAACAGCGUCAAACAAUAGCCGACAGUCAGACAGCCGUUUAUAUCGGCACCGGGGCUGGUGGAGCAGCUUUACUGAUAGGCAUAUGUGUAGUUCUCGCGGUGUUGCGGUGGAGAAGGAGACAGAGAGAACCACCAACAUUGUAUCUUGACCUCACCGAUUGCGCGACAGGCUUUGACAACAAAUGCGACGGAGAUGCCUGUGAUACGAAAGAUGCAAGACCGGAAAAUGAAUAUACCAUUGUUUAAACUGGUGUGAAUUGUACCCAAACAGUUAUAUAUUUGUAAAAUGUAAAUAUGUAUAUAUAUGUUCACCGAAUCUGCACUCUAACUCUAUCGUGCGUGGCAUGUUUGCCUUAAGAACUGCGUCCAUGAAACGCACUUAGGUGAACGCAAAAUCAAAGAAGUUAUGAGUCAAAUUAUAGGCGAAUUGUAUUCCAUAAAAACAAAUUUUGAUAGCGGUCCUGAUAUUUGAAAAAAUUUGACCAAUUAUCUUUUCAUUAUCAAAGGACUUGAGACGCAGAAGCAUAUUGUUGUAUUUAUAAGUUACGUAUUUCGAUGAAAUUCAGUCACAAAAACCCCUUUAAUUCUAAACAAAACAAUGGGCGUAUUUAUCUAAUUUUUCAGCUUGGUGGACGGAAAACAAAAGUGCCUGGUAAGCAGAAUAGCUCACAAACGCUUUCAAUAUUUUUCUGUCCGACUUUACUAUCUCUCUACAUCCGAAUAGGAGGUAUAAAACACGCUUUUAUAGGCAAGCUACAAUAGCAACAUAGGCCUACUCCUAUAUUUACUUUAAAGCUGGCAUCUGUUGAAUACUGAGAGGAAGGAAGAAGCCAAAUAUUAAUGCACAUUUAUAAACGGAGCUUAAUUAAAAACUUGUUUUAUGAUUAAAACCCAAGAUAAUCGAGGGUGUGACACAAACACAUCACGAAUCUUCACCGCCUCGAGGCUGCAGUUAUAUUUACUGAAAGCCACCACUGUUAAAUGCUGUGAAAAAAAAAGAAGCUAGAUAAUAACAUACAUACGUACCGAGGUCAAUUAAAAACCUAUUUCAUAACUAAAACCCUAAAUACAUCACGAGUCGUCGACUGCCUCGAGUUAUCAAUUGUAAUUUUUUUAAUUAUUCAAUUUUAUGUUAUUAAUAUGCUCUAUGUUGAGGCAAUCAUGCAAGGAUCCAUUGUGCUCAAUGACAACUUUCGUGAUGUAGGUAAUUAGAUAUCAAACAUCAUGCAGAUGUAUUCUUCUUAUUUCCAUUCUGUUUGGUGAUUUCAUUUUAUUCAAAGGCAUAGAAAAUCCUGUGACAUUCUGUACAGCUGCGAUAUUUGAUUCGAGCCAAGCAAUACUAGUUUUAGAUAAGUUAAUAUUUUCUGCAAUUGUUAUGUUUUUUUUUUUUUUUUAAUGUGGUAAAUGACAAAAUGUUUUGAUCAGUAAUUGAACAGACCUUUUAUAAAGAAGAUCAUGGGAUCUUUGGAUUUUGAAUUUGCUUGGUACCCGAUAAAACAAAGUUGAAAUUCAUGGGUGUCCAUCAGUUUGUUGUUUGGUAACACGUAAUUCCUUGCAACAUUUCGGCACCACUUUGUGUCUGUCGGCAAUUAUUCCUUGUCAGUAAUGUCAACAUCUCACACACUUAGCCAACUCGAAGGCAUUUGUACUUUUUACACACUAAUUGCCGUAAAUGCCCGUGAACUAUGGGACCUCUUGCUGAAAGGAUGCACGCUUGAACAGUCUCUCUGAACCCCUUUCAAAUGCAUUCAUAUGUGAUG